UGGCCACUGCGCUCACAGCAGCCUGGCGACAGGCAGAGAGGCCAGGCGGCUAGGACCUGCCUCUUCAGACACCAUGGUGUCCCGGGGCCAGGCGCACCUGGGCCCCAAGUAUGUGGGCCUCUGGGACUUUAAGGCCCGGACAGACGAGGAGCUGAGCUUCCAGGCAGGAAGUCUCUUCCACGUGGCCAGGAAGGAGGAGGAGUGGUGGUGGGCCACGCUGCUGGACGCUGAGGGCGGGGCCCUGGCAGAAGGCUACGUGCCUCACAACUACCUGGCCGAGAGGGAGACUGUGGAGUCUGAGCCGUGGUUCUUCGGCUGCAUCUCCCGCUCAGAAGCCGUGCACCGACUGCAGGCAGACGGCUCCGGGCCCGGGGCCUUCCUGAUCAGGGUCAGCGAGAAGCCGGGCGCCGACUAUGUCCUCUCAGUGCGGGACAGGCCGGCCGUGCGGCACUACAGGAUCUGGAGGUGUGCGGGCCGUCUGCACCUCAGCGAAGCAGUGUCCUUCCCCAGCCUGGCCCAGCUCGUGAGCCACCACCGAGCACACAGUCUGUCCAGAGGCCUGCAGCUGACAGUGCCCUGUGGGAAGCACGAGCGGGAGCCCCUGCCCCUCUGUGCCGACUGGGAGCGGCCCCGGGAGGAGUUCACGCUCUGCAGGAAGCUGGGGGCCGGCUACUUCGGGGAGGUCUUCGAGGGGCUCUGGAAAGGCCAGGUCCGCGUGGCCGUGAAGGUGAUUGCCCGAGAUGACCUCCUGCACCAGCACACGUUCCAGGCGGAGAUCCAGGCCAUGAAGAAGCUCCGGCACAAGCACAUCCUGGCGCUGUACGCUGUGGCAUCCCUGGGGGACCCCGUGUACAUCAUCACAGAGCUCAUGGCCAAGGGGAGCCUGCUGGAGCUCCUGCGGGAGUCUGAUGAGAAAGUCCUGCCCGUCUUGGAGCUGGUGGACAUCGCCUCCCAGGUGGCCGAGGGCAUGUGCUACCUGGAGUCUCAGAAUUACAUCCACCGGGACCUGGCUGCCAGGAACAUCCUCGUGGGCGAGAACAACAUUUGCAAAGUGGGGGAUUUUGGGCUGGCCAGGCUCAUCAAGGAGGACAUCUACCUUUCCCACGACCGCAACAUCCCCUACAAGUGGACGGCCCCAGAGGCGCUCUCCCGUGGGCACUACUCCACCAAGUCUGACGUCUGGUCCUUCGGGGUCCUCCUCCACGAGGUUUUCAGCAGGGGCCAGACGCCCUAUCCAGGCAUGUCCAACCACGAGGCCUUCACGAGGGUGGACUCUGGCUACCGCAUGCCCUGCCCCCCUGAGUGCCCGCCCAGUGCCCACAGGCUGAUGCUCACGUGCUGGCACCGGGACCCUGAGCAGAGGCCCUGCUUCCAAGCCCUGCGGGAGAAGCUCUGCAGCUUCACCAGCUACGAGAACCCAAUCUGAAUGCCGAGUGCGGCCUCCCCACCGCCUGGAGGUGGCCAAGGGCCCAACAGCACCCAGAUCCAGACUGUACUCCAGGGCAGAGUGCGCCAGCCACCAGGGCGCUCUGCUCUGGCCAGAUGUCCCCUGCGGCCUGGGGCUGGGACGGCCUCUCCGAGCACCGGCACCACCUCCUCGCCGUGGGACCUGCAGGAGGGGGCCCACAGCCCACCAGCUGUCAGGACCAGCGCUUGGCCCUCCAACAGAGUCCCUGGUGGGAACCUGGGUCUUGGCUGUGCCCUCCCUUUGCCACCUAGCUCCUGCCUGCCCCGACUUCGGGAUGGGAAGACUCCCCAGCACUCAAACACGGUCUGCUGGUGGUUGGGCAGUGCCACCUGCCAUCCCAGGACCAGGUGGCUGGCCCCAUCUUCCUGCCACUGCUACCAGGAGCUGCCUCUGAAGGUUCGAGGGGCCUGGCUGGGCAUUACGGCAGAAAGAUGGGGCGGGGGACUUGCCCAUCCAGCCUUGGGGCCACAGGAGCCUGGGUAAGCCCCCACUCCACCUGGACACACUGGAGAGGUGCUGCCCUUCGGGGUCCCAGCCCCCCAGCUGCCUUGGAUAGACUCAUGCAGCUAUCCCUAGCACAGGGAGGAAGGGAAGGGGGCACGAGAGGGCUCCCUCAGGGGCCAGCUGAGUCCCACCUCACACCAUGCUGCCCUCCUCACAUCCACUACGCUGCCCUCUCCUGGCCAACAGAUCUGGGUCAUCCUGUUGGCCACGGGAGACCUGUGGCCACCGGGCAGGCAGCUAGAUUGCACAAUCAUCUCGCCCAGCUCCCUGAGCUGGACUUUGCCUGAAGCUGGGCUGCCAGUUGUGACACCCCUUCAGGAGCACCCCCAGCCUCUACUUCAGCUUUCAGCCUCCGGGGCUGGGGCCCGACCGCCCGGGAUGGGAGGCCCCGCUCAGAGUCUUACAAGGGACUGGCGGUGGCACACUUAUGGGAGACAGUGUGGCUCAGUGCUCGUCCCACACCAGAGUGGAGGGGCCUCAUCAAGGUCCUUCAAGGGCGCCAGGUCCUUCUAGCCGACAGCGCCCACCCACAGCCUCCAGAGGUGGCAGGCAGGGCUGCCUGGUGGGCGACCCCAGCGGCUUCCACAGAUCAGACCACCUGCUCUCCCGGCGCCCACCUCCUCUUAGGCACAAGGCUCCACUCAGAGCAGCUCAGGGGGGAUCGGCCAGGCCUGAGCCGCCCCCCAGCAAGGAGCCCUGGGGGGCAGGGCCAGCUCCCACCCCCACCAGGAACUGAGGAGGCUGAGCGACUUCUCCCAUCGCCUGGAACACACUGCUCAGGAACACCGUCAGGGAUGCUGGCUGCUUCUCAUUUAUUUUCCACUUGGUGCAAGGCACAUGGUUAUGGGUGUUAGGCAGGCUUGCAUGUGGCUUGGGUAGUAAAGAGUGGGGCUCUCUC